AACACCACUGAAUAUUGGGAGCACGGAUCUAUAUUAAAGAAUGAUUGUGCCGACAUCCCACAACAGGUAGCACUGUGGUAUAUUUGAUGCGGUAUACAUGUAUUUCAACAGUCACAUGAUUUAAUAGGCCUGCUGGGCAGGUAUGUGCGCUCAUGUUGGAGAGUUCAAAGAGGUAUUACACUAUAGUUAUUUGAGGGCAUAUUUUGUGUUCAUUUUUUUGCUCAAGAAAAGAGCAACUACAAAGAGUGGUGAGUUAAUUCCUAUUCUGAAUAAAUGAAGAAUGCAUUUAUUUCCACUCAUCUCCAAACUAGGUUUUACCAGUCAAUUCGAGUGUGUAAUUGCCACAAUGGAAUUAGAAAAGUCUCAUAAAAAAUUGUGAAAUUCUUUGUUGAAAAGUAAACUGCAGUCAAGGUCCUUUUUUAAUUUUGCAAAGUUUGUUGAACUGGCAACCAAAUAGGUAAAGCAAUACAAACAGAUGGUAUGGAAUUGAACUCAUGAAAACCAGGAAAUGUCAAGGAUCAAGGCUGUCGUCAAGGAAACGGAAAAUUUGCCACGGCAGUCACGGUGCGGAUGAGAAACCUAGUAGGCCGUAGUAAAACGGGUGAACGCAACAAAACGUGACAGUACGUGAUAGGCCGUAACAAAACUUGGAGACGAUCCGUAGUAGGACGGGAAGCAUGUGCAUUCCCCGGCAUCUCACCGGUCCUUUCAAGUUUUGUCACGUUCUGCCACGUUUAGCUGGCGUUUUGUCACGGUUGCUGCACGUUUUGUCGCGUUUUGCUUCGUUUCUUACGGCAAGCUAGGGUGUACGGUAGCCGUUUCGUCGCGUUCAAUCAUGGCGCGUCCAGAUGUGUCAUGGUUUACAGACCCAGUGCGAUGCGGCGCGUUGCGUUCUACUAUGAUCGGAUACGGUGAGCGCUGUCUGGGAGGGAGUGUAAAAGCAUACAAUGAUUGUUUUUGCUUGGGAGGCCUUCUUUUCAUACCGUGGGCACAAACUUGCUCCGAAGCUGCCCGGCGUACACGUUUCAUCCGUAGAAAGCCUUGACAGAACGCGAACAAGGUGUCAGACUUUGAUUAGAAAGUGUGGGACCCCAGAGGGACCCCAUCAGGGCAUUCGUGGUAGAUCGCGGGCCGAACCGUAGUGCGCCUUUGAGCCUCCAGGACUCAGCAGCCCCUUUUCCCAACGGCCCAUCACAGAUACCGUGAUAAACCGUGAGAAAACUUAGCAGGACCUAACAAAACUUGGACUACGGAGAAAAAAAAUUGCCAAAAUCCCACGGCGCACUACGUUUCGGGCAAACGGGGCUGCUGUGACCGCCGGGAACAUAGUGUAAACCUAGUCUAAGAUUAAUUGCAAGGCAAUUUACAUAGGCUCCCCAUGCACUUUUGAAUGCAUCCAUUUCUAUAAAUGUACAAGUUGCUCACUUUAGGCAAAUAGAACGAGACGCAGAGGGCAACUUAGAAACCUACCACUGCAAUUCAAUUCUUGCUUCAUUUGUCGAUGACAUUUUUGUGUGAAAAUUCCUCCAUUUUCCUUAAGUGCUGCAUCUAAUACUGAUUUCAAGGUUCCUGUAAAACAAGGGACCCAAUUGUACUCCUGGAAAGCAAGAACCAGUUUCAAAAUUACUUGUGCAAUAAACUGUGCAGUCGGCCAAGUUAUGGUAUUUAGGAACGAUAUAACUCCACAAUCGGUUCAAUUUGAUCAGUAGGAAGCCGGACUUCCAUUUCAUUUGAAUUUAUGACGAACCCCAGGGACUGCAGUUCAUGUGUAGGGUUCAAGCAAGAUUUUUACAAUAUUAUAGGGCAUUUAUUUGAGGGUUAAAGAUACAAAAGUGGAAUUAAAUGGAUGCUGAGGUGUAUGCCAUUGAAAUUCAACAAAGUGCAUUUUGUAUGUAUGUAUGUAGAUAGAAUGCAUGAACCUACGGUAUCUUAAGGUCCAAAACUCAAGUGUGAAAUAAAUAUGUACACAGAUGCUGAGGUGUGUGCGAUUGAAAUGUAACAAAGUACGCCUGUAGAUAGAAUCAGUGCAUGGAGCUACCUGUCUCUAAGGUCCAAAUUAAAACUCAAGUGUCAAGUAAAUACUGUAUUUACACAGAUAAACAGAUAAACAGACUGUACUGGUACGUGUGAGGUACAUGUAUGCAGCAAAACAAAAAUCCCAAGUUCUAUAUAUAAACCAUGUCACGCGACUUGAUGACGAUGCUGUGUUUGUCCAGCGCCAUCUUUACCAGAUCCGCCCCAUCAAACGCCUCAACUGUUUGUGCUCUUACACAUACAUCAGAGUGAAAAAACUUCGUCUUUUAGUGAUUUGACUGGGAAUUUAAAAGGGGUAAGAAAAUUGUCAGUUAUUUUGGAUGAGGUUCAAGGCUAGCUUAUGAACUAGGAGUAACAGUUUGCUUCAGACUGCAAAAUGUGAAGUGUACAUACAUGAAGUAAUGUAACAAAACCUAUACAUGUAGAUGCAUUUAAGAGUAGGCAGACUACGGUUUAUAUUGAAAAUACAUUUUGUCUAUUUCAAUAUCCCAGAAGGUACUGUUAUAGCUCUUCAAAAUUUGAACAAUAAUUCCAUAAAAGAAACUAGAGGUCUAUGUCUGUUUAAAAACAGAACAUACAGGGUUUCUCUGCCUAAGAUUUUUAUGAGGUUUUUUUUGGCAAUGCGUAGUCAUGUAAUUGAUAAUUUCUUGUAUUAAAUGCAUUGACUUUAAAGUUUUGCUAGUAGCCACACAAAAAAAUUUAAACAUUUAUUAAAAAUCAGUUGAUGACGCCAUCUGUACAUGUACGUCAUUUUGAAUUUUGCAUACUAGUAACAUUAUCUACCUUCCAACAAGUUUCAUGAUGAUUGGACCUACCCUUUUGUUUGUUUUAAAAGUCAUGUACGGUACCUAAACCUGUUACAAAAAGAAUUUUGAUUUGAGCAUGUUGUGUUGGUGAAAUAUGGCGAUAAUCUUCAAAAUGUCAGAAAUCUAUAUAAAAUUACGUAAUGACAGCACUAUAACCUCAUAUUGAUUUUCAUCAAUAACGCAUUCCCAUCUAUAGACAUACAUCUACAAAGUUUCAGUGCAACUGGUACGGUUCUCUAGAUAAAGGGCCCAUUCACGCCUUCAAUGAAUUAAAAAUGAACUACUAUCGGAAAGUAGUCUUUAGAUGCAUCUUUAAAAUGACAUUCUUUUAUUGUUUUCUUUAAAAUGACAGUAGGCCUAUGUCAGAAGAAAAAAUUCACAGAGAGUCACGAAAAAUGUGACUCAAGUCUGAGUCCUGAACUCGAGUCAUACAACACUGGAAGAAUGUAAACCAAAAAUGAAGACUUUUUUCAUUACAUAAAGAAUUACCAAUUUCAAGGUGGUUAGAAACACCAAUCACUUCCUCGGAUCCGCCCUCGGAUUAGAAACAAAAUCCGUUCAUAAUAUUGUAGUGUCUAGAUAACAAACACCUCGCUAUCUCGCAUGUAGCUCACAUAAUAUUUGCGCUUGUAAUUUUCUAUUGAAAAGGAAGUUUACAAGAACAGAAAUGGCAGAGUUUGGCAGCAUGAACACGACUACAAAUACGCCGUCUGCAACUGGAAGUGGGGGACAUGACUUGGAUGCUGCGUACAAGAUCACUGGAAUCGUUGGAGGCAUUGGCGCCUUUGUGGUGGCUCUGGCGGCACUUUGUUUUGGAAUAUAUAGACACAGGGAGAAACGCCGCCGUCAACGUGAAGAAAAUGGUCAACAAUCGUCACUUGAGGAAAACAUACCACUGACCCCAAUAGAAGCUGAGACAGGUAUCAGUGACUCCGUUCUACACAAGAUAUCUGAGAUGCUUGGCUUUGAUUCGCGGAAGCUUGCUACACAUCUGGGUUUAAGCGCUGCAAAGAUCUCCCACAAGAAACAACAGAUCUUCAAGGUACUGGACAAAUGGAGGCGCCGACAAUCCACCGGCGGGGAUCAGAGUAGAGUGUUAUGCACAGCUCUCAUUGAGAUCGGUAGAAUGGACAUUAUCAAAGAAUUGAUAGAAAUCACCGAAUUCCAGGGGCCAUAUACCUUUGCCUACUUGCGACAACAAAUUAUUGACAACUACAAGCAAACUGCAACGACUAUUUCUGCACACCCUAUACUGGAGACACGUAAGGUAGAUAUUGAAUUCUUUAUUCCGCUCCGUCUGCAAAAGAACAUUCCAGGCAAAACAAAAUCUGAAAGGUUUGUGGCAUUACGAGAAGGAGAAAGAUUGUUAGAUGUCAAUCAAACUAUAACUCUUAAUUCCUUGGAUGAUUUGUUAAAUCCAGAAGUAGUUAAGGAAAUCAAGAUUCUCCUUUAUGGUGGGGCCGGGACGGGUAAAUCAACCCUGUUAGUGAAAGUUGCAAACUCUUGCAUCACACUUAGUUCAAAACCCCUUCUUGGUAGAUUCGAUCUUGUGCUUUGGAUAAAGCUGAGGCAAAUGCAGCAAUCUAGUUGUGUUUUGGAUGCCAUAUUUGACCAAAUUCUAGCACAAAACACCAAACUGACAAAACCCAUAGUGAAAGGGUUCAUUGAUGAUCAUGAAUCACGCAUUGCUUUGCUGUUGGAUGGAUUAGAUGAAAUUCCAUCUCAUGUUUUGCAAUCUGAGGAGGGCGUGUACAGGGUUAAGGAUAUCUUACACAGCAGAGUCCUUACAAAAAGUUUUGUGUUGGUAACAACUCGACCACACAUGACUGAAUAUGUAUUGAGGGGUCCCCAAAAGUAUGCAGUUGUUGAGGCAUGUGGCUUUACAGCACAAGACAGAGAUCAGUACAUCAGAUUAAACCUUUCUGAUGAUGACAUGGGAGAGGCAUUGAUUUCAUAUCUGAAUGUCAAUACCAAUCUGAGUGAUAUAUCUGCAUUGCCAAUCAUUUCCCAGAUGUUGUGCCUUGUUUGGAAGAACCAAAAGUCCUUGCCAGAGAGAAUUACUGAGCUGUACGCAGAGUUUGCACUGGCUCUUUUCAAGCGCCGCAAUAAAGAUUUGAAUGAUGAUCAGGUGAUGUUUUACUUGAUGUCCAUCAUUGAUGGCUUGGGGCGUGUUGCAUUGCAAGGGUUAUUAGACUCUAGAGGGGAAAGACUCAUGUUCGAUAAAACUGAAUUUCAGGAUUGUCAGUCUUGCUUGGAUGAGUGUUUUCGUUUGGGUUUUGUUGAACAUGAAACAUACACUAGUGGUCUGGAUGUAAAGGUGUUGGUUACUUUCCUCCACAAGACCAUCCAAGAAUACUUCGCAGCAUGUCACCUGGCGAAAAUACUAGAAGAUAACGAAAAUGAUUUCCGUCAUCAGUUGAAGCAGAUUAGAGAAGGCAAUGUUCAUGCAAUGGAAUACCUGCUGAGAUUUUGUUGCGGUAGAUCAAGGCAGGCUGCUGGUCUCAUUCUGGAUCACAUACAAGAGAUGCAAGGUGACGAGAAGAAACUGCAGAGAUUGGCUCGGUUGCUGCUAUUCGAGUCUGGUUCAGAAGAGUUGGCAACCAAACUAGUCAGACCAACUUGGGUAGACUGCGAGAGUAACGAAGACCUGAAACCACUGAGCUACUACUUACAGCAUGUCACUCCACCACUUAAAGGUACAUUCUUUAAAAUGCAUGUAAGAAAGCAGGAGCUUACCCUUCUCAGGGGAAUUCUUCUGAGUGACAGCAUGAAGUCAGCUGGGCUGAUAGUGGUUAACUACUACUUGUCUGAGCAGGAGGAGGAGGAGCUUAGCCUCCUAGAGGAAACACUUGGUGAGGUGGAUGAACAGCGCCGUGCUCAAUUACACAUUGUGGUUCACAUUGAGGCAAAGUCCUGGUUUGAUGUGGGGCAUGUAUCACACAGCUUUUUCUGCAUGCAGAAACAAAUAGUCAGGCUUGGUUUGUAUAUGCACCAUCGAUCACCAGAUGAGGUUGUCAAUCUAUUGAAGGCACUGGAAGGAUGCAGGUUGGAUAAUCUCUCACUGUAUGGCACCAACCUGCAUGCACAGGUGGGAGAUGUCAGCCACAUACUGUCAUCCCUUACACUCUUGCAGCUCAAGGCAUGCAGGUUGGUAGAUGAUGACGUGAAGGACCUGAUCAGCAUCCUUCCUGCUAGGCAUGGUUUACAAUGGCUUCACCUUGAUGACAAUGCAUUCAGUUUGGAUGCAGUCAGGGCUCUCACCCAUCAUCUCCAAGGUCUCCCUGAGUUACGUUGGUUGAAACUUCGUAACAUUGACCUCGAUGCUGAGCUCAUCAGACGAGUUGUCAGUCAAGACCUCCCUCACCUGACGGAAACAAAAGAGGGAGAAUUCCGAGCCUAAAUAAUCUCCCACCAAGUCAUAACUCUUACCCCGUUCCCUAUGAAUGCACCACGCUCACAAGGCACAUUCAGUUUAAACAAGUAGCACGUAUCAUCGGUCAUGUUAUGUAAAAUCAAUGCUCUCCAACCCCCUCCCCCCCCAAAAAAAAAGUUUUAAAAAAACUAACAAUCAAUAACAACAAAAACUAUAUUUUCAGAGGACAGUAAGGGGCUCGAUAAUGAAUAGAAAAGUCAACAAAAAGGUUUCAAUACAAAUAGAUGUAUUCGGAAUCCUCUUACAUUAUGAAUACAAAUAUACAAAGCAUAGUUCUUCAUUCUACUGAACCUCCAUCCCCCACCCCAAGAAAAAAAACACCAAAUUUUCAAUCCAUCAAUCAAUCAAUCAAUCAAUGCGAAAAGUCAAUCAACAAUUCCUGUACAAAAUGAUUCAUUGAAAUCUUCAAACAUAAUAGCACUGUACUAAGCCUUCUGGGUAUCACUUGAAAGUGAUAUUAAAUUGACCAUGUAUCUUGGGUGACCUCUGAGUACUAUUAUAAAUCUACAAUCUAAUCGUCAAUUAAACAAGAGAAUCCACCUCUCCUUUCCAUUUAUUUUGAAAAAAUAUCUUGAAUCGCAUCAUCUUAGGUAAAAGUUGUGUGAGAUGUCUUCAACUUUGUGACAAAGGCCUCCUCCUACCCUGUUAUCCGAUCAAUGUAGUAAUAUGGCAUUCCAACAAACUAAUGUGACCACACGCAAAUGGCUGCACGACACCCUUCCAUAGACCAGUGCUGGGCAAAACUUAGUAUACAGAAUAAUACCCCAAACCUCGGGUACUUUUGAAUUGUUUUGC